UCAUCGUCGUCCACCUCUCUAGGCGCGAAGCUAGGGACCCGGUAAAAGGACGAAAUUGCGACGAUCGAGUAACACCGCCAUGAGAAUCUAAGCUCUUCAGAUCGCAUAAAUCGUCUGAACAAACAAGUUACCCGCGUCAGCGCCAGCGGUACCUUCUUCGUGUGCUGCGACUGUCGUUCAGCGCUUGUCGCGCUCCAGCGAGAGACCACCGGAGCACGUUCAGAAGAAGACCGGAGCUUCACGUCCGCCGCCAGCCCGUUGCCCUUGUGACAGGAUGGCUUGGAACCCAAAGGCACUGAUCGACCCGGUCAAACCUAAGAAGGAUGACCAAAAUGCGGACAAACCGAAGCCGGCGGCCUCCAGCUCGGGGGCGCCACCAUCCGCAGCGCAGGCGACGCCCGAGGUCGUGGAAUCCCCAGAGGGUUUCGGCUCGCGAGUGCCGCCGCCCCCCGGAGGAGGUUCGACUUGGGAUCCGACCAAGCAGCCCCGACGGCCCAGCAUCGCCGUCUUCAAGCCCGAGGCCUUCGAGGACGCCCUCGCCGGAUUCAAGCCGAAGAAGCAGCAAAGGCGUGUGCACUUCGACGUGACGCCCGGCGAGCUGGGCAUGAACCCGCCGUCCAUCGCGUGGUUCGUCUGUCUCACCUUCACCAUGUUCUCGCUCACGCUGGCCGUGCUGUUCAUCGCCUACUACGUCAACAGGCCAGGGUCCUACGUGCCGCCUGUCACAAACGUCACCAAGAAGCCCACAAUACCAACAAAAAAUGAGACCAUCAAGCACCAGGCCCGGUACGAAGCUGGUCUUCCUGAUGACUACAGUACAGAUGACUCAGUUGACAUCGAUGUCCUUUACAAAUUAAAGUAAAACUCAGUUCAUCUUUUCCAACAAA